AGUGAGCAGAGGAGCCGUCUGUGGGAGGGCCACUGCCAUGCGGCGUGCCUGCAUUCCUGCUGCUGUGCCUGGUAGGAGUGGAGAGACUCGGCUUCCCCUCUGGGCCGCGAGUGGCCUCCUCCUGCCCGCCCACCCGGCAAGACCCCUCUCCUGGAGGCCCCUGUGAGGCCUCCCCCGGCCCCUGUGGCCAUGCUGAAGCAGAUCCUGUCAGACAUGUUCGUGGAUCCAGAGCUGCUGGCUGAGCUCAGCGAGGAGCAGAAGCAGAUCUUGUUCUUCAAGAUGAGGCAGGAACAGCUGAGAAGGUGGAAGGAGAGGGAAGCUGCUGCCCCGCUGGAGGAGGACGCCUCGAGAGGGCAACGAGCAGGGAGGACAGCCCAUUUGCAGCACGGAAAAUCUGUGCAGUGGAAGCUCGGAGCAGAUGGUGACGUCUGGGUGUGGGUGAUGGGGGAGCACCCACUGGAUACGCCGUAUGACUUGCUGUGCAGUGAACUCGUUGCUGAGAGAGAGAGGAGGCAGCCACCACAGGGAACUGAAGCACGGAGGUUGCCAUGUUUUCCACCAAAACUGCCUGCACCCGAGCAAUGGCAGGCACUUGAACAGCCGCCGGGGCAGGUAGUGGAACUGGAGCAGGCUGGAGUGGCUGGGCUGGCGCUGCCACAAUGGCAGCAGCCCCCUGAACAGGCAUGGAAGCAGGUGCAGGUUGUCCUAGUGCUGGACCCAUCACAGGAGCAGGAGCGGCUUGUUGUGCCUGGACGAGGGCUGCCCAGAGAUGCCCCAUGCUUUUCUCCAUCUGGUGCAAUGCCCGGCGGUACUCCUCUCUCUCGGAAUCCCACGCCUCUUCCGAAGCCUGAAGCAUCCGCCACGCCUCGGCUUCUGAGGAAUCGGCUCCUUCAGAUGGGCGGCCGAAAGUAUUCCUUAUGUUUGAAUGAGAGGAAACAGCUACUCACAUCAAAUAGAUUUUUAAAAAGGGAAGUGACUGAUGUACUGAGCAUUUUCUUUUAUGUGCAGCAGAGAAAAGAUGCACAGAUGGGGACCAUCAUGAAUCAGAGCCAGACCCAAGGAGAACUGGCCACAGAUCCUGUGGAGGAUUCAGGGCAGAAUGCAGACAAAGAAGAUCCUGUUUGGCUGGAAUCUUUGAGGCAAUCCAAAGCAGCCGACGAACGGCGCCGGUCCCUGGCCAGGCACGCACGAGACGACUACAAGAGGCUCUCACUGCAAGGGAAGCACAAGGGCCAAGCGGCAGAUGCUCCCAGGCCUUGUGGGAGGGGGGAGCCGAGGCGGGUGCUCUCCCCUCCGCCACCUCUGCCACCCAAGCCCAAGACUCUUCUUCCCAGAGCCAGGGUAGCCAAUGGACCACUAACCCGGAAGCAGGGAGUUCAAAGGAGCACUUCGACUUCCACUCGGGAGAGCAUCGUUCAGUGGUUCAAGGAAGAUCAGCUGCCUCUGCGGGCAGGCUUGGAGAGGGCGGCAGGCCACGUGGCUCCCUGGUUCCACGGCAUUUUGGCAACAAAGGAGGCGGAAGAGCUGCUGAGCAAUGCGGUGCCUGGGACCUUCUUGAUCCGGGUCAGUGAGAAGAUCAAAGGCUACGUCCUUUCCUAUCAGUCAGCCAAGGGCUGCAAACACUUCCUGAUAGAUGCUUCGGGGGAGUCCUACAGCUUCCUGGGGGUGGACCAGCUGCAGCAUUCCCUGUUGGCUGACUUAGUGGAUUACCAUAAGGAUGAGCCCAUCACAUCUUUGGGGAAGGAGCUUCUGCUGUACCCCUGCGGCCAGCAGGGUCAGGCACCCGAUUACCUGGAUCUCUUCCAAUGAAGCCUCCCGUUCCAAUUCGCUGCCAUGUGGAGAGAAGCCCCUUGAUGUGAAGUUUCUGACUGAAACAAAGCCGGUGCCUUUCAGCUCUUGCCUGGGCCUCUCCAAUUGCUGGCCUCUUUCACCAUCUGGAAAUAAAAGGCUAGUCACUCUUGUCUGCUGGCUACAGUCAGUUGUUGGGCAAAAAGCCCCAUCCAGGUAUGAAAAACCAGGACAUGCAAUUCUGGUGGCAUGAAGAAAAAGACAGAAGAAUAAGUCAUUUGGGAGAGAUAAUUGGGGCAUUUAAUUUCUUGUCAUCUUUGUUCCCGCUAAAGCCUGCCAUUGUGCAUUGUUGAAAGGAAGUGAUGUUGUACAUCUUCCAAGGACAAUUCCAUUGUUUCCGGAAAAAUACUUGAAGUGGUUGUAUUGUGGAGAAACAGGUAGAGUUGCCUUGGUAGCAACAAGAGGGUGAGCUCUCUCUGCUCCCAGGAGCUGGUGGGGGAAACAGAAUUGAGACCUCUCAGCUGCAGCUUCAGAAAUAAACCUGUUCCAGAAUGGCAUCUUGACAGGUUUUUGUCCUUCCAGUGGAUCUGACUUGCUGCUAGAUUGAGAGGGAAAACCUUGGUCUUCCUAAAUAAAGAUGCCAUGGAUGGAAGUUGUCCAAAACCACUUGCCCCUUUGUCUCCCUUCUAGGUGGCCACUGGACUUCCUAAACUGCACAUUCAUCUGUGUCUAUAUAACUGGACAGUGAGUUGAUUUGCUUGUUUCCCCCAAGCUCCACAUCCUAAGGAUUGAGGGAAUUCAAGCCCAGUGGACCAACCUGAAUGCAACACGGAUCCUUUGAAGGCUGUCAGCUGCACAACACUGUCACAUGACGAUGGCACAGAAAAGGGUUACUGCUGAGUGUGUUGUCCAUGGACUGCUCUGUUCGUUCUUGACACACAACCACCUCAGGCCUUGUUCUUCAGUGCAGGCUUUUAGGAAGGGUGCAACCUUCUAGCAGUGAAAUGUGGCUGGCGUUCCCAUAUGGCUCUUAAUAGGGGAAGACACAAGCCCGCAGCAGUCCUGCAGUGCCCCUCCCCCAUGGGCAAGAUGCAGCUAGGGUUGCCAGCAAGAGAGUGCAGUUGGGUCAAUGACAUGUCAUCCUUUCUGUGGCACACCUGAAAGUGAAGUCACGUUGCUCAAGGAUUCAACAAAAACUCUGAUUUUACCACAGAGUGUCCACUGAAUCCUAGAGCAGCCUGUUGGGAAAAUGCAGUGGUUGUUCUUUCCUAGUUUGUGCCAAGUAUACUUUAGGUGCAUUUCCCACUACCUAAGUGCCAGGCUGUGUGCUCAUGGCGUGCACAAGAUGGGAAUCUGUGGAAAUGGCCCCUUUCCCUUUUGGACCAAAGUCUUGUCCUGUAGUGGGGAACUGUAGCUGUUUUUUUUCUUAUCCACAUAAAAUAACCCCAGUUGCAAAUGACCGACUACCUCAAACCAGACCAAGACAUUGGCAUUCAUUGGGUGCAGGGUAGAUGGGCACUGAGAUUAAGCAACAGUUUGGAGCAACAUGUUUAUUAAAUGCUUAAUUAUAAAAAUUAUGUUUGGAAUAUAGGGUUUCCAGUAGUCAUGUGCCUGACCUGGAUAGCCCAGACUAAAAUCUGCGCUAUUCGCAGCAAUAAACACAAUUUCAACAAGCCCUCCCCACCACUGCCGAAGCCGUCUUCACCCUGGUUCCGUCACACGUUCGACCCCUCAGCGCGGGUUUUUCCAGGAUGUGCUUGAAAGUGAACCUUUUGAAAAAACACACGUUGGAGCCAGAUCCGAGGGGAGAAUCAGGGAUUGGAUCUGCGUUUGUUUUUGCGCCAUUGGAGUGACGUGACGGCUUUCCAGCGAAUCAGAGCACUUUAAUUAUUGAAAAGGCGGGGCAGGGGCGGGAGAUGAAAAGCCCUGGCUGGUGCGGGGAGAAAGGGAAGGUUUGCCUUUCUCCGUUGCCUUCCGGUGUCAGGACCAAGCCUGUCAGUAUCUUGAUGUCUUGCUGUGUGUGAUUAGCAAUUGUCUUCCUGUUCCCCUCUUCCCUUCCUAGCAAUCUCCUGUUAGCAAUCUCCUGGCGCUGGCCCA